UCUAUUAUUUAUGGAAAAAAUUCAGGAGAACUUGGACAAAUGGGUAUUAAAGUUACUAAAAUGCUUUUCGAAACGGCUAAACCUAUACUUGCUCCAAUUCUGAAAACUUCCUCUAAAGAGGUUGAUGAAUUAUUUGAGUCUAUUUCCAAAGAAAUAAGUGAAUUGGAUUGUUAUCAAAUUUUUUUUCGUAUUUAUGCGUGUAAAAAAUAA